UACACGGGUACAUAAAACACAAUAACUAAUCUGAAAACUUUAAUUUUUAGGGAAAUAUUUCGAGAACCAAUACCAGCAUAACUCUACCACAUUGUAACGGUAGCGGCUUUAAACAAAGUACAGGGAUGAUUGAAAAGGAAGAAAUGAAAUAUAAUGAUGUAAGUAUAAUACUACAGAAUGUGCGAUAGGCUGUAAAACAACUGUACUUCCUGGUUGUUAUCAAACAUUUGAUUCGUCGGACUGAUAAACCUUUGCACCAUAAUUAUGACGUCAUGGUGUAUAUAUGAGUUUUGGCAUGCUCGAAUAAUCAGCUCUGCCAUCAGAUUGCAUUCAAUGAGUACGAUAUAUUUGCCUGUGUGGUAGACGACUAACCUCAUGGAGAAAUGUACUCUUACAAGCGUUUUACAAACUCUGGUAUACCCUACCACUAUUAGGAUUGUUAAGGGGGACCUCACGUCCGAGGAAGGUAAAUAUUUCCCGGACAAACGAAAUAAUGUCCUCACUUUAUAUGGACGCGGACUUAGGAUUUAUGUACCCCCUGCCGCCAAUGCUGACCUGAGACUCAGAUGUAAGGACUCGGAUACUUCAGACCGAACGAGGCGGAAAUCAGCUGAUGCUGAUGAUGGAGAAGAGUAUACUAACACAGAAAACCUAUUCACUAACAACAUAUUUGUGUCCGAUAAAACAGACUUAAAAGAUAACCAUUUCGCAGGCAAGGUUUAUAGAAAUGUUGCAGACAUUCUGAGUGAUAUGCCGGCAUCAGUGAAAGCUAAUAGGCCCCUCUUCGGAUGCGGUGAGGGUAAUCAUAUUCGGAUGAUUUCUGAAGGUGAGGUGCUACAGAUCGACCGGUACAAAGAUGGAGCAACUAAGAACAUCCUGACCGGCUCUGUAAAUGGUGAACGUGUUUCCAUACAAUUAUCAAAUGGAUCCGUCGACGUCACUGCCCUGCCAGAUCCCAAAGCAGAUAACACUGUGAUAACUGCUGGUGAUGUAAUGGAUUUCUAUCGACCAAAGGAAAUGGUAUUUGAGGAUGAAGAUAUACAUCAGACAUAUGAAAUAGAGGUAGGGCUUAAUGUGUUACCGCUAAACGAGAAACCGUUACUUUGUGUGUGUUGUUCGGACGGAUACAGCAGCGAUCGAAUCGAGAAUCUUGACAAUGACAUGCUGAGUAUACAGAACGUUUGGUGCCUGAACGUUAGGGAGGACGUAAUGAGUGGAGUUAUUGUACAGGUCAUCAAUACAGAUAAGGACUCGUCCUUCAAAGCUGUGUUUGGCAAACACGUGGGAAGGGAUCCUGAUGAUUUCAGCUUAUACAAUCUGUACGGCAAACACUUGUCACCCGACUACAUGGAACCUAUACCUCGCCGAGAUCCUGGGGUCCAACCGCCCAUUUUACCAUUUCGGCGAUCUAAAAAGACAAGUGAAACAUUACAACGCCUUCCCAUGGCACCAUUACCGCCAAUACAUGUAUGUGAUGGACCUCAUCAUCAACCUUCUCCGUCUGCAAAGGGCAAACAACAGUCUUCGUCACCGAUCUUCACAGAAAUGACUAUUAAGGACGAAGGAACAUUUCCAGAAGAUGCACCACAUCCACACAAACAAAAACCAAUGGCAGUCACAUCAGAAAACUACGUCAACAUUGAGGAAAAUGAGCCAACAGCGGCCCCACCUGUUUCACAUAAUGCACCAUCAGCCGUAUCGACGAAUUGUAAAGACGAUCCAAACUCAACUGAUGAAUUCAAGAUGUUGAAGCACGAUACAAUAAAGAUAGACAAUAUGACAAUAUCGGAACUUGUAGAGAUGUUCCGGUUUUACAAACUUGACCACAUGGCUGAUGUCUGCAUGGAACAUAUGGUUGAUGGUGUGACAUUGUUAGAGUUAGAUGAACAGGAUCUUAAAUGCGAACCAUUUUGCCUCAAGGGGUUAGCCUUAAAACGGGUUCUGUUACUCAAGCAAGGGCACCGACCGAAAUGAUGUCAAUGACAUUAUUUGAAGAGUACAAACUGCUGGUGUUCAUUGACGGAGCCUAAAACGCACUUGGACUGGUACUGUGAUAUCCACACAUUAAAUGAAGCAAAUCCAAAUAAAUUCAGCGAAAACAUAGAAUACAUAGAAUACAUAUAUGAUCCAAUACUAAACUGAAUUAAGUCUUCAUGUUCCGUCUUCAGCGUAAUUUAUCAAUCUGCGUAUGAUGUAUGAUAACCUUAUCAAAAAUGAUAUUCCUAAGUAUCACUCCCUCUCUGGUACCAGACAGUGACAUACAUAUGCGUCUAAGCAUUGUACAUGAUGCACCCUGUGUGACACUCCGCAAAUACGAAGAAAAACAUUUUGCCAACUCUGGUGUCGGUAUAUUGGACUAUGAGGGAUACCGUGUCAUUGUGUCACCGAUAUAAGAUUUCAAAGAACUGCCACUGUAAAGCGGUCACUAUGGUUAUCCAAUUUAAGUCGACAUCAUUAAAUGAUUUAAUUGUGUUAGUAGGACGUUAAACAUUUACAACAUACCUCAGUGGUACUGACAGAAGUAACCAUAGUGGACAUCCUAUCUACCAUUUUGUCUCUUUUAUCUCCAACUAACCUAGUGUCUCAUUGGAAUUUCGGGCAUUAUUACCGCUUUUUAUGUAAAAGGUGUUUCGUUUUUUAUUGAUGGUAACAAUGUCUCUGUUACAUACAUCUGUGAAAUAUACAUGUACAUUGCGAUAUGUCUGGUACUAAGAUAGACUUUCGGUAACACUGCUAACUAUGUAAAGCAUAUGACAUAGUAAAAUGUCCGUUGUAUGUCAGUUUGGACAUGUACAUCUAUAAUGUAAAUUGACGUUUCACCAUUAGAAUUACAAAUUUCAACCCAGACUUUGUCAUAUUUGAUCUAUGUAUAUUAAGUAUGCCACGCUUUGUAGAGUUAUCAUCAUUUGUUUAGAGAUUUACCUAAGAUGGACAACUUUAUACUGUCGUUUUCAUCAUUUAUUUUUAACCCACCACUUAUAUGAUCAUAUGCCUAUCUUGCAGCAAACUUGUACAAUUUGUAUUGUCAAGAAAGCAUAACAUAUAUUCUCAUAUUGUUAGAGAUGCCUAAUUAUGAGGCCCCCUGAAAAAUCUGGUACUUUCCUCCGUGUCGUCUAUAAAGGGGACAUUAAAGAGACCAAAACAGAUCUGCAGACCCACCAUUGCAACACUCGGGAUCUUAAAUCUUUCCCCACUACUCAGUCUUUCUUUUUAUUUCUUAAAUGAUUUCCCCACUACUCAUUUUUUCUUAUUUUUUCUUAAAUGAUUUCCCCACUACUCAAUCUUUCUGUCUUUCUAUAGGUGCCGCCUUUGCACCCAUCCUCAUAGGACCAUGGCUGUUAAACACCUAAAUAUAAACAAAACCUAGUAAACUGCUGACAACACGGAUUAUAAUCAAAUAAAUUAACAAUCAAGCGUGAGCCUAGCCUGGUAUUACUCACACACACAAUAUUCAACCUUGUGCCCACAGGGGAUGACAUACAGUUAUUGUUUUAGAACAAGACUCUUUAUGUUCAAAAUCAAUUUUAAAGAUCAUUCUCAUUUUCAACAUUUUUUUUUUUAAUUACCUAAGAAGAUAACAACACCUGUGAUUACAACGUGUGUGAAGCUUUGGUUUGUUUUUGUUAAACGUCCUAUCAACAGCCAGGGUCAUUUAAGGACGUGCUAGGUUUUGAAGUUGGAGGAAAGCCGGAGUACCCGGAGAAAAAACCACCGGCCUACGGUCAGUACCUGGCAACUGCCCCACGUAGGUUUCGAACUCGCAACCCAGUGGUGGAGGGCUAGUGUUAAAGUGUCGGGACACCUUAACCACUCGGCCACCGCACAAUGUAUAUAAGGACAGACGUUUGUUGUUAAGUUUACUGGUUUUUUUUUUUUUUUCAAUUGCUUCUAACGACCUUGUAUGCAUUAUGUAUGCCAAUGCAGGUCAACUCACGGAUACAAUCACUUAGUGUAAAAUGACAACAUAUCAAUUUUGAUUCUGAUGUGUAUUUUCUGUGUUGCAGAUUAUUUUUCCGUGUAAUAUACCAGGCAAGCUAAGAUGAUUCAUAUGUUAAACACCACUUACUAAAAUGUAAUCGCCGUUUGUCACUUACACAUAUUGCUCACCGAUUGACACGUCGCGUGAUAUCCAUGUGAUAUAGAAGUGAAACCGCGAGGUAGAUUUAAACAAGGCCUUUCGCUAGUCUGUUUCAAAAUCAAUGUACAAUUGAUAUAUGCAUGUUACGUAAAGCAAUACGUUUAUGUACACUAAUCUGCUUGUGGAGACUUACAAUCCAGAAGAAAUUAUUGGUUCAGCUGAUCAUAUGAUUUUUUAUAUAUAUUUGUUUGUAAAAGCACGGAUAAUAUGAGCAUGCUAUUUCUAUAGAUAACAAUCCGAGGAACGUUUUAUUUUCUAGCUUUUUUAGGGUUCCACAAUAUAUUUGAAGAAUGUUAUUUAAUACUGUAAGUAUGAAUGUUUACCUUUUUUAUUUAGCGAAAAACGACAUGAAGAUGUGACGUUAUCAUAACAUUCUGAUAUUACGGGGUUAUUCAUGUUUCAGUUGAACGCCGUUAUCAACAUAUUCCACGAACAAAAGUGAUGCAUCCUUAUCAUGCGUACAAAAACCACUAAUAAAAUAUGUAUUUGGUUAUUGAAGCAAAGUGUGCAUUCCGGAGGUAUUUUUUUACUCUAUAGAGGUUGUAUAUCUUUGUUUUAUCUGUACUUAAUAACUGACCCAAAUGUGAAUUACCGGUGACAUUGACAUGAACAUCUUACAAUAUAUAAAAGCGAUAGGCUGAAUAAAAGGUCUCGAAAAAACCCACACAUAUAAUUCUGUAAUAAAAGUAAUUUAGUGCUAAUUAUGGAUCUUUACAGAAUUACAUCCUCUCUUGUCAGUCUUGUAUAUCUCCUCCGAGACAUUUUCAAAAUGUACACUCAUGCUGUUAAAAUGUUGGGGGGGAGGGGUUGUAGUAAAUAGAUGUUCAUAUAUGAAUUAAUUCCUGAAUUGAAACAGCCUAGAUUAUUGUUUGGUAAAGCUACAUUAAUUAUGGGGUUUAUUUGGUGUCAUUUGUCAACAACCAGUUAUUGAAAGGCUAAAUGAAUAUGGAUAAGUUUCAAUUUUGUAGUGGGUAAUUAGGUACAUAUGUAAUUUUUAAUCUAGUGCAAUGGCAACUUCAUAUUAUGGUAUCGUGGAGUGCAUGUUCAUCGAAUAACAACCGAUUUGUAUAUUUUUUGAAUGUUAAAAAAUAAAGUAUAUUGUGACAAGCAA